AUGGGCCAAUACUCCGCAGCGGUUCCCAGUGAUGGCCAAGUGAGACCAGAAAUCAAAGAAUUCUUUGCGCGCUUCUACGCCAUCUCGGACACACCAGAUGGACAUGAGAAGUAUGCAGACAUGUUCACAAAGGAUGCAACGCUUAUAAUGGCCUCUAACGGCGUAAGUGGACGCGACGGUGAGUUUUCAAGCUUAGAUUACUGUUCUUCUUCAACAUAUUCUAAUAGAGAAAAGCCAUUAUACAGAUGCGUCAUGGCAUGUGGGAGAAGGUUGCCAAGCGCUCUCAUAAGCCGAAGCAGCUCUACUCAUUUGGAGCGAGUUCGGACGACAUCAUGCUUUUCGGCACCGUAGACUACGAGCUGAAGGACGGCAAAGGCACCACUGUUGAAUGGGCUGCUCGAGCGCACUUUAGCAAGGCUGUGGGAGAUAUAAAGAUGGACUUCUAUCAGGUCUACCUUGUAAGCCUUUCCUGUUAUCUUACUUACUUUGUAAACUUACUGGUACCUAGGACACUGCCGCAAUGUCAAAAGCAAAGUAA